CUACUGAGGGAGGGAGGUUUCACAUGCUGUACCAUCUUCUGCAGGUGGGAUGUUAAAAAUAGUUCCUGGACUGUAACUCGGGAACUGAAGCCUAUAGUAGUGAACUUGGACUUCCAGAGAAACAACAAAACAGUAUUCAAGUCUACAAAUUUUGCGGGAUACAUAGGCAUGGUGUCUGGAGUCAAACCAGACUUGUUCACUCUGACAAUGAAUGAGCGUUUCAGUCUUGAUGGUGGUUAUGUUGGAAUCUUCGAAUGGUUUCUUGGUAGAAGAGAUGGUAUGUGGAUGGGCUUUCUUACAAGAACAGUAUUAGAGAACGCUACAAGUUACCAGGAUGCAAAAGACAAACUGACAAAAACAAGACUGCUGGCUCCAGCUUACUUUAUACUGGGCGGAAAAAAUUCUGGAGAAGGGUGUGUGAUAACUCGUUCCAGGACAGCUACUCUGGAUAUCUGGGACCUUGAUAUCAAGAAAGGCACGUGGUACGUUUUGGAAACAAACUACGAUCGCUGGAAGCCUCCGCUAGUCUUGGAUAAUCGUAGAACACCUGCAAUGAAAUGCCUGAACCAGACAAUGCAAGAGAACAUCUCCUUACCAGCAAUUUACGAUGUUCUCUCCACAAAGCCUGUCCUCAAUAAGCUGACUGUGUGCACAACACUGAUGGAGGUGAAUAAGGGUCAUACAGAGACUUAUCUGCGGGAAUGCCCAGAUCCUUGUAGUCCUUGGUAGUCCUGGACCUUUCCUAUGUUGGCAGCUGCUUGUCUGAAUUGGAAGUCCUCCAAGAAGAAAUACUUCUGGAAAAAGAUUCCUCAGCCUAACCCCUUUCUUCAGAAAUCUAAUGGCUAUAUAGAAAUGUCAAAGAGCUUCUAACAGUGGAGGACCGUAUCUCAAAUUGGACUUUCUUGCUUUCUGAUCAGCAGUUCUGCUGACGAGAAAUGUAUACUAAUGUAUGUCUGGUUUGAUUUCAGCCAUUUCUUCCAAAUGAGUUCAGCAGUUAGCUCUAGAUCU